GUCAGGUCGAUUUGCAUUGGCUGCCUCUUCCACAUGUUUGCGACAUGGUUUGCGACCUCUAAAAUCUCUGAGUUAAUAGGUUGUAUCGCGGUUUCUAUAUGUACAACAGAUGACAAUGCUUCUUCUGAGGAGAACCGUGCAGACGGCGGUGCGGACAAAACACUGCAGGUCAUUUUCUGCGUCACAGACUCACCUGAACGAGAGAAAAGGUCUGGUGCUGGGAGUGUUUGAGAAGGAGGGCGGCCUUCAUCUGACAGAAGCAGCCGCAGGUUUUGACCAAACUCUGUCUGGGAAACUCUCUGAAUUGCUGAAAAUCUCUGGACCGGCUCUCAAGACGGGCAAAAGCAGAAUAUUUUAUGGAAUCCACAAGGACUUCCCGUGUGUGGCAGUAGUCGGGCUGGGUAAGCCCAGUGCAGGUGUGUGUGGGUCAGAGAACUGGGACACCAGCAAGGAGAACAUCAGACAGGCAGUGUCAGCUGGCUGCCGCUUGCUUCAGGACCUGGAGGUGAAGCACGUGGAGGUGGACGGCUGCGGUGAUGCCCAGUCAGCAGCAGAAGGUGCCGCUCUUGGUUUGUUCCAGUAUGACCAACUCAAAUCUAAGAAGAAGACCAAAGUAACCACACAGCUUUAUAGAAGUGCUGACUCGGUCGGUUGGCAGAAAGGAGUCGUGUACGCAGAAGGCCAAAACCUUGCACGGCUACUCAUGGAAGCUCCCGCCAAUCACAUCACUCCUACUGCUUUCGCCAACACCAUCGAAGAGAAACUAGCGCUGCAUGCUGAACGAGUCACAAUAAACAAGAGAUCUCAGGCUUGGAUAGAGGAGCAACAGAUGGGAGCGUUUCUAAGUGUGUCUAAAGGCUCAGAGGAGCCCCCUGUCUUCCUGGAGCUACAUUACAACGGUUCUCCUGACAGCAAGCAGGCCCCGCUGCUCUUAGUGGGCAAGGGCAUCACCUUUGACAGUGGUGGUAUUUCUCUGAAGCCGUCUCCUUCUAUGGAUGCAAUGAGAGCCGAUAUGGGAGGAGCUGCCACUGUGUGUGCGUCGAUCGUCACAGCAGCAGCUCUGAAACUACCCGUCAACAUUAUUGGUCUGGCUCCUCUGUGUGAGAACAUGCCCAGUGGAAAGGCUACUAAACCAGGUGAUGUUGUCACGGCCAGAAAUGGAAAAACAAUCCAGGUUGAUAAUACAGAUGCAGAAGGCCGACUGGUUCUCGCCGACGCACUGUGUUACGGACACACCUUCAACCCUAGAGCCAUCGUCAAUGUUGCUACGCUAACAGGUGCGAUGGAUGUAGCUCUUGGCUCAGCAGCAACUGGAGUGUUUACAAACUCUGACUGGCUCUGGGAGCAGCUGCACAAGGCUAGUGUUGUGACAGGUGACAGAGUGUGGCGGAUGCCUCUGUUCCAGCACUACACCAGACAGGUGACUGACAGCCAGCUGGCUGACCUCAACAACAUCGGCAAGUACAGCCGUUCUGGCGGUGCAUGCACAGCAGCUGCAUUCCUGAGAGAGUUUGUCACCGCUCCUCAUUGGGCCCAUCUGGACAUCGCAGGUGUGAUGAGUAACAAAGAUGAAGUCCCCUACCUGAGAAAAGGCAUGUCUGGAAGACCAACACGUACGCUGGUGGAGUUUGCUGCAGGAUUGGCCCACGAUGGCUGAGAGAUGACACAAAGAUCAGAACAAAGACAAGACUAACUGUGAGCUUCUUCCCUGGCAAGAUUCAACAGUGAUCUCUCAGCAAUGGCCUAGUUUCGCAGUCUGUGCACAAAUGAACAGUAUCAUAUCCAUGUAAGAGCUCUAAACAUGUUGGCAGGGAUUCACGGCUGUAUUUUUUAAAAACAAAUCUGAAGUCUUCGAUUUUUACAUACAGCUAUUGCAUCAAUCUAAGAGGCCACAAUGUAAAGCAGGUUCAGUGUCUCCCCACACUGUUCAGAUUUCAGCUAAAAACACCUGAAGCUCUGUAGUAACUACAUAGCUCACAUAAUGUAUAUGUUGUAUAAAAUAAACCCUACAAUUAGUUAUGUGUGUGAAAUA